CAACUGGUAUUUGUGAAUUUCAUUCAAAAACCCCGUUACCCUUCUCGCCCACCUCAUACGUACCACAAACACAUUGCGUAAAAAGCUUCAACAUACACGCGAGCAUGCUGUGGAAGGGAUAAGCGUAUUGGAAACCCGUUUCUUCUGCCGUUAAAUCAUAUCCCAGGGCGAAGCCGUUGUAGCUGGCAGUGAAAAUAUUGGGUUUUCAUUCGUGAAAUUCACUUACGGCCAGCGACCACGCUGACGUGUUGCGGACCUGUCAUCUAUAGCGGCAGAUUUCUAUUUUCUGCCUGCGUAAUCGUGCGCAUCAACCGUUGCUUUAUCGUGCGAUAAAUUCGUUAUCGUUAUCAGUGCAUUUAUUACAUCCCAAUUUUUAGUCAAGGAAUCAUUGCAACAUAACGUGUCCUGCUAACAUCACACACGCUCAGCUGGAAUCAGAAUGACGUCAGCAACGGAAGAAGUUUUCAUCGUAUCGGCUGCCAGGACCCCGAUCGGCAACUUCAUGGGAACACUCGCCUCCCUUAGCGCCGCUGAUCUUGGCGCCGUGGCAGUAAAAGGAGUGCUGGAUCGUGCCGGUGUCGAUCCUGCUGAUGUCAGUGAAGUCAUCCUUGGUCAAGCACUAACUGCUGGACAGGGACAGAAUCCGGCCCGUCAAGCCUCCAUGAAGGCUGGCGUACCGAAGGAAGUGCCAGCAUACAACAUCAAUAUGCUGUGUGGAUCAGGCCUUAAAACGGUCGCGCUCGGUUAUCAAGCCAUACGUGUCGGCGAUGCUAGCGUGGUUGUUGCCGGUGGCCAAGAGUCGAUGUCAAAGUCGCCGCACGUCAUGCAUCUGCGCGGUGGUACCAAAAUGGGUGAAGCUAAGAUGGUCGAUUCGAUGCUGCACGAUGGCCUAACGGAUGCGUUCCAUGACCUUCAUAUGGGUAUUACUGCGGAAAACCUUGCUGCCGAGUACAGCAUCAGCCGGGCGGAGCAAGAUGCUUUCGCCGCCAAGAGCCAACAGUUAGCGGAAGAAUCACAGCAGAAAGGAUACUUCACGGAGGAGAUUGUUCCGGUAGAGGUUCUGGGACGCAAGGAAACGAUUAAGUUUGCCGUGGAUGAAUACCCGAAGCAUGCUACCAAAGUGGAAGAUUUGGCCAAAUUGCGACCGUGCUUCAUCAAGGACGGUACGGUAACGCCGGGUAAUGCGUCCGGUAUUAACGAUUCAGCUGCAGCUGUACUGCUGAUGUCCGAGACCGAGGUCAAGAAGCGAAGCGCUAAACCACUGGCAAAAAUCGUAGCUUAUGCACAGACUGGGAUCUGUCCCAAGACGAUGGGUGCUGGACCGAUAUCAGCCGUCCAAGCUGUGCUGCAAAAGGCCGGAUGGAAGAUGGAAGACGUCGAUCUGUUCGAACUGAACGAAGCAUUCGCCGCCCAAGCACUGGCCGUCAACAAGGGACUUGGUGUUGAUCCGGCGAAGGUGAACGUUGGCGGUGGAGCCAUCGCUCUGGGCCAUCCAAUUGGAGCAUCCGGUUGCCGUGUGCUUGUAACGCUUCUUUACGCGCUGAAGCGAACAGGCGGUAAGAUGGGAAUUGCAUCGCUGUGUGUCGGUGGUGGCAUGGGUGUCGCGUUGGCCGUGGAGCUGGUGUAAGGGUUUUGUUUUUGGUUACCUCAACAUUCUCUACCGUGUACUUAUGACUACCGAAUGAUAUGUAUUCUUCCGUACCUUUGUGUAUUUUUCCUUCCUUAUCUGAAGAGUAUUGUUCUAUCAUGCAGACUUUGUGAGUCGAUAAUAAACUGAUAAUUAUCACGAUUGAUUUUUGCAAUACCGCAACAA